ACCCGGCCACUGACGCCACAAGCGCCCAGUCCUUCUCCUUCCCCAUCGCCCAGCGCAGCCGAGCCAAGCCAAGCUGCGGAGCACGAGCAGCGGAGCAGAGCAUCCCAUCCCCGCCAUUUCGCCAAGGCGCCAUUACUCCCCGCCGUCCCUCGUCCCCGGCAAUAAAUGCGGCCGCUCGAGCCGCGCACCCACCCCCGACAGAUCUGAGCCCCGCGAUAAGGCGAGAGGAAGCGAAAAAUAUCACCACUUCACCACGCCACCUUCCCCACAUUUACUCCACUGCGCCCCCACCCCACGCGGCCUCGAUUCCACCCUAGUGAUCCGGGCGUCCACCAUCACCGAGCGCACGCUCCGCCAAUGCCAUUCCGCCGCUCCCUCGCCACCAGGGACUCGCCGCCUCCGUCACCGCCGGCACGACCGCGAUGCCGUCCCUCCUCUCCUCACUCUCCAACCUCGGCCUCGGCUACUCCAUCGCCAUCGCGCUCGGCUUCCUCGUCCUGCUCGCCUCGCUCCUGCUCGCCUCCUACCUCUGCUUCCGCCGCGGCGGCGGGGACUACUGGGCCGGGGAGGCCUUCACCACGGCCUCAAGCUCCGGCCACCUCUCCAUCACCGUCCCGCGCGUGCUCUUCGUCGCGGAGGGGUCCGAGUCCCCGGACGACGCGGCUUACUCCUCCGCAGCCGCCGCGUCCUGCUGCCCCGUCGGGCUCGACCCGGCCGCCAUCGCGUCCUACCCCAAGGUGCCGUUCUCCAGCAGGGCCGCCGAGGCCGACGCCAUGUGCUCCAUCUGCCUCAGCGAGUACAGGGACGGCGAGAUGCUGCGCCUGAUGCCCGAGUGCAGGCACCGGUUCCACGUCGCGUGCCUCGACGCCUGGCUGCGGCGGAGCGGCUCGUGCCCCGUCUGCAGGUCCUCGCCCAUACCGACGCCCACCGCCACGCCGCUCGCGACGCCGCUCUCGGAGCUCGUCCCGCUCUCGCACUACGCCGCCGACCGGAGGCGCAGGUGAUGGACGUUGCCACAUUGGUGCAACACUGUGCUCGUCACUACAUUACUCCUUUCUUCUUUUUUAUCCUUUUAUUACUUUCGAGGAUGUGAAGCCCUGGGAUUGUUUUUAGGAUAUCUAGAAAAUUGUUUGGAAAUCACAAUUACCUUGAUUAGAUUUUGUAAUGUAGAAGUAGAUGAUGGAGCAGGGGAUAGUGUAAAUACAGAUCGCUGGUUUCUCUGAGUACCUGCUGGUGAUUUAUACUUUGUGUUACUACUGAAACUAUAUGGCCAGAUGAAAUGUAGAAAGUUGGUGUAUGAUGACUACUUGUGUCGAGGAAUGGAACGCAUAGCUCUAGUAUUUUCGUCCA